AUGCGCUCUUUCUCGCAACCUUUUCUCUGUGCACACUCUAACACUCUACAACCAGCAUCACUGUUGCAAAUUACCUUCCUCGCCAGCAUUCCACUACACGCUACGCUAACUACAAUGAUCAAGGCACAGAGAAACGAAUCGGCAAUCCAGACACAGGAACACCGCAUUGAACAGGGUCUCCCGGUCAGGGACGAGGACAGACCUGUGCCAUUGACCAAGUCAGGAAAAAAUCAUUUGAUUCGGUCGCACUCAACAGUGCCAGUUCAAGUGAAAAACGUCCUUUUAAAUGUGUUCGUCCAAUUUGAAAGGCGCGAGAAUAGAAGCAUGGUUUUCGUCUGCGUCUGCAGAAAGCCAUUCCUGACAAGGGAUAGCCUGAGCAAGCAUUACAAGCGGGUCUGCGCCCAUUCCAACAUUCCGACCAACGUUCCAAGGCUUCAACUUAUUGACAGCGCUCAAGUUCUCCCUGAUGAUUUGGAGGUCGUCAAUGCCUCAGAGGAACAACGCACGCUGUUCACAGCCAUGGAGCAAUGGAUCCUGAGCUCUAUUGCCCAGACUGCAGCAGGUCGAGGGCAGGUGCAAGCUGCUUCUACUUUUGUUUCUGACACCGGACCUUCCAGUCCGGUUUCUACAAGUAGAAAGAGAACGUGCUCUGACGCCCCUCACUUUGGAACAUUCAGGCCCCCUAGUCGUAUGUCUCCAACUGAAAAUAAGUAAAAUAAAAAUGGCGGUUUGGUGGAGCGAGUGUAGAUCGGUAUAAAAAUUGGGCAGAUGUAUAGACGAGAAAGCGCAUGGUCUCGUCUUGCUUAUCAUUUUCCACGACAGUGAAGGCUAGGUAACUCCCUACGCGUCGGCAUGCUUGCAAAUGAUUGGAGUAUCUGGGGUGUCGAAGGAUCUAGAGUGAAUAGGGUAUUUUAUUG